AUGCCAUCUGAAUUUCGUGCAUACAAAAGGCGUUGGAUCUAUCUAUUCGUUGCUUGCUUGGUUAAUUUCUCGAAUGGAAAUACUUGGAUCACAUACGCUCCGAUCACUUUUCAAACCAAUGAUUUCUACGGCAAUUCAAAUGCAGCGUUGUUGUUCAACUUGAUAUUCAUGGCGUUAUCGAUACCUGUGGGACUGUUGUCUUGUUGGUGGACUGAUCGAUACGGUUUGCGCUCCGCGUUUCAUAUCGGUGCUUGGACUAAUUUUGCUGGGAAUGUGAUUCGAGUUGCUGGCUCGGGUGAAUGGUUUUCGAAGGAUGUACGAUUUCCGAUAGCGUUUACUGGACAAACAGUGGCCGCUUUUGCCCAGCCGUUCGUCAUGUUUUUGCCGACAAAAUUGGCUGCAUUUUGGUUUCCACCGGACCAGAGGGUUAUUGCGAAUACACUCUCGUCUAUGUCAAACCCGAUCGGGAUCGCUGUUAUGUAUUCGAUAUCGCCGUUGAUUGUAAAUGAUUCGCAUCCAAAUGCGUUUCCUCUGUUGACCGGAUUAUGUGCUGGUUUAGCUACUAUCACUGUCGCUUUUACCUUAUUUAUUACUCGUUCCAAACCUCCAACACCUGUUGCUGCAUCCAGAGAAUCUGAUAUUAAAGUACCUGCAUUUUGGGACGGAAUAAAAAGUUGUGCACGAUCUCAAACCUACUGGAUUUUGGCUAUCUGUCUUGGAGGAGGUGUUGGGCUCUUUAACGCUUUGUACAAUAAUCUUCAACCAGCUCUUUGCGUUUUGGGAUAUUCGGCCUCGUUCAGCGGUGGCAUGGGAACCCUGCUAAUCAUGAGCGGACUCGUUGGUGCUGCUAUUUCUGGGAUUUACGUAGAUAUGACUGGACAAUUUGAAAAGACAAUGAAAGUGUCUUUUCUGCUUGGCGGUAUUGCUGCUUGCUCGUUAGCAGUUUCUGUCAACUUUGAAGGUAUGGAAGGAUGGGUUGUCGCUUCUAUUUUCCUUUUCGGUGCUUUCGGAUUUGCCAUUUAUCCUAUUGGUCUUGAAAUGGGUGUUGAGGCUACAUUUCCUGUAGCCGAAGCGACAUCCACGGGUUUGAUAAUCAUGAUCGGCCAAGUUCAGGGCGUUAUUUAUGUGAUUCUGACGAAUAUAUUUACGGGACAGCCGGAUCCUCAUGAAUUGGCUGUACAGACGUGUGUCGACAAGAAUUCCAAUCUGAAGACCGUAGUGACUUGGAGCGUUCCAUUUCUAAUAUGGGCAGGAUGCAUCUCGUUGUUGAUCAUCCUGUUCGUAGCCCUUUUCUGGCCGAAGUACAGACGAAGAGAAUAUGAAGCGAACCGAGCUAAGAAAGCCACUUCCGACUCGGUCCGAACUACACAAGAGGAGCUUCGUAAUUAUUAAUUUAACUGCCAAUAACAAGUGAUUUGUCCUUAUUGUUUUACG